AUGAGCAUCUCGCAUAUGGGUGACCGACCAAACAAAAAGAGGCGCUUCUUUGCCGACAAAGACGCUGUCCAAGAUGGCUCAUUCGCCUCCGAUCCGUCUGGCCCAGAUGAGCUAGAUGAGCUAGAUGUUCUUCCACAUGGCGACAGCCAGAAGCCUGCUGCCACCGCCCAUCCGACAGAAGAUACGAUUGCGUCAAGCGCCAAUUGCUUUGAUCCCUCGCUCUUCCAGGCUUUCAUCGGAAACGAGGCUCCUCAGAGCACCAUCAAUGCUCUACAACGGAUAUGCGCCAACGACGUAGAGCGAGCUGUUAACAUGUACUUUGACGGAUCGUGGCAGGGCCAUCCUCUGAUCUCAAGCACGUCUUCUAUGCUCACCGCCCGGCCGCCUCGACCAAAGCUAAAAGACACGCCGAGCACCUCUGCACCAAAAAUCGACACUCCCAAGGUCAACCUAGCAGCCAUGCCAACCAAGAGAUAUAUCGGUGCUAUGGGUGUCGUCGGCUGGACUACACGUAGUGGAACGGCUAUCAUCACGUCAGGAGAAUUGGUCAAGAUCGAAAGAGCAAAGCCAGCCCAACAAAAGGUUGGCAAGGGAGGCAAGUCGCGUGCUACCACUCGUCAAGAUGUCAUUGUACGCUUCACAAACGCCAAAGGAGAAGAAGUUGGUCGCCUGGAGCAGGAUUCUGCCGCUUGGAUCUCCACCCUGAUGGAUCAGAACAUAUGCCAUUUCGAAGGUCACUGUAUCUUUGCGCCAGAUCGCGUCCGGACCAACGACACUAUCUACCUGCAGUUGCGAUGCUUCUUCCUCAAGGCAUGCUUUACAGCUGGCAGCUUCAUCAGGCCAUUGGACAAUAACAGAGAAACUGGUCUUCAUGAAGCCAAAGAGACUCGAGACGAACGGGACUUGCGAUUGCGCCAGGUCGGCCUGGUGAAGUUGUUUUCAGAGAUCAAUCUUCAUCCGUCGCGCGCGAACUCAACAACCGAGAAGCAUAAAAGAGAAGGCAUUUUGCGUGCUGCCGAUAUACCCGAACAACCUGAGCCGAGCACUGCCAAACCAGCCAAACCUUGUGAUCAGGCUCCGUCAUCUCCUCCAUCAGACGACACGGAAGACGGCCAGGAACUGGAGCAAGAUCAGCUUGACAGUCUUUACCGCAAAGCACAAACCUUCGAUUUCAACACGCCGGUCAUGCAACCGGCAGAGACAUUUGUCAUGGACCUCCGAAAGUACCAAAAACAAGCUCUGCAUUGGAUGGUGGGCAAGGAGAGAGAUCAGAAGUCUGACCACAAGGAAGUGUCGAUGCAUCCACUGUGGGAAGAGUACAUGUGGCCGACGAAAGACGCAGAUGAUGCACCAGUACCCCUGGUCGAAGAGCAACCGAGCUUCUAUGUAAACCCAUACUCUGGCGAGUUGUCGUUAGAAUUCCCUGUUCAAGAGCAAAACUGCCUCGGUGGUAUUUUGGCAGACGAAAUGGGCCUUGGAAAGACUAUCGAGAUGCUCAGUCUGGUACACACUCACACCUCAGAAUUCGGAUUGCAAGGUUCAAGGAUGUCGACGGUUAUGGACCUACCACGCUCGCCUAAGAGCUCGUCUGGAGUUGCUCGCGCGCCAUGUACAACAUUGGUUGUUGCUCCGAUGUCUUUAUUGGCGCAAUGGCAGAGUGAAGCGGAAAAGGCUUCAAAGCCCGGAACGCUCAAGACGUUGGUCUACUACGGUUCAGACAAGAACGUCAACCUGAAGACACUGUGUUGCGAGGCUAAUGCAGGGUUCGCUCCCAAUGUCAUCAUCACAAGUUACGGCACAGUGCUCUCAGAGUACAAUCAAGUGGUCAGUGCUGGUGGUGACAGAGGAUCAAGUGGUGGUCUAUUCUCUAUCGAGUACUUCCGUGUCAUUCUUGACGAAGCCCAUAUGAUCAAGAACCGACAGUCAAAGACUGCUCGUGCUUGCUAUGAGAUUGCGGCCGAGCAUCGAUGGACGCUGACAGGUACGCCUAUCGUCAAUCGUCUUGAGGAUCUGUUCAGUCUGGUACGCUUCCUUCGCGUUGAACCAUGGAGUAACUUCUCUUUCUGGAAGACAUUCAUCACUGUGCCUUUCGAGUCGAAGGACUAUGUCCGAGCACUCGACGUCGUGCAAACUGUCCUGGAGCCACUCGUCUUGCGUCGAACAAAGGACAUGAAGACACCAGACGGAGAAGCCUUGGUUCCACUGCCGCCACGUACUAUCAACAUCCAGAAGAUCGAGCUCUCAAAGGUGGAGCGUGAUCUUUACGACCACAUCUUCGCUCGAGCCAAGAGGACAUUCGCUGCGAACGUCGAAGCCGGAACAUUAAUGAAGUCGUAUACAACGAUUUUUGCACAGAUUCUACGACUAAGACAAUCAUGUUGUCACCCUACGUUGGUGCGCAGCAAAGCUGGAGCCGCAGAUGAGGACGAGGCGGAGGCCUCUGCAGAUAUCGCCAAUGGCCUUGCUGAUGACAUGGAUCUGCAAUCAUUGAUCCAACGCUUCGAGUCAGAGGCCGAAGAAGAGGACGCAAGCCGCUUUGGCGCCAACGUGCUCAAGCAGAUCCAAGCGGAGUCGACUCACGAGUGCCCGAUAUGUUUCGAAGAGCCCAUGGAAGAGCAGUCUGUCACUGGCUGUUGGCACAGCGCCUGCAAGAAGUGUCUGCUCGACUUGAUUGAGAACGCUACCAACAAGAACGAACUGCCUCUGUGCUUCAAUUGCCGUGAACCGAUCAACGCACGCGACAUCUUCGAAGUCAUCAGACACGACGAUGAAGAUGAUGACGAAGCUGGCAUAGCCAAAGACAAGCUUUCUCGGGUAUCACUUCGUCGCGUCAACACCCUCUCGUCAGCCAAAAUCGGCGCUCUCCUCAUCCACCUCAAACGCAUCAAGAAGGCCUCACCAACCACAAAAUCCGUCAUCUUCUCUCAAUUUACCUCUUUCCUCGACAUCCUCGAACCCGCCCUCGACGGCGCCUCAAUCCCCUACCUCCGCUUCGACGGCAGCAUGACGCAAAAAGCCCGCGCCGCCGUGCUCACCGAAUUCGCCAAUCGGACAAGAGGCUGUGUUCUGCUACUGUCUCUCAAAGCAGGCGGUGUGGGUUUGAACUUGACUUGUGCGAGUAAUGUCUUCAUGAUGGAUCCUUGGUGGAGUUGGGCUGUCGAGUCACAGGCUAUUGACCGUGUGCACCGUAUGGGUCAGAUGCAAGAGGUCAAUAUUGUGAGAUUUGUGGUUGAUCAGAGUAUUGAGGAGAAGAUGUUGAGGGUGCAGGAUAGGAAAAAGUUCAUUGCUAGUUCGCUGGGGAUGAUGAAUGAGGAUCAGAAGAAGUUGCAGAGGAUUGAGGAUAUCAAGGAGUUGUUGAGUUGA